UCCACAAGUUACACACACUAGCGCCAAGACUACCUCUUUUGAAAAUGCGAAAAGUAAAGCAGCCCAGGGAAAGCUGAGGGUGACAGGGCCAGGGUCUGGAGGCCCCUGGGGGUCUGGGGAUCCGGGCAGGAAGAUCUCAGGAUCGGAUUGCACUAGGUACGAGGAAUCAGCUUCAAGGUGCUACAGUGGAACCACCACAUGGCCCAGCCCGCACCUAGGACGCGGUGAGCCUGCGCAAAGCGAGCGAUCUGCCAACGAGACCGGGUGGCGCGCACGCAGGACGAGGGGCGGGGCCAGGGAGGUGUUGGGCGGGGCCUCCCAGCGGGUUUGGAAUUUUUGGCGCGAGCUAGCUCCGCGCGCGCCUUCUCCGGCCGUUCCCUCUUCCGGAGAGCCCUCCGCCUGGACUUCCGAAGUUGUCGACCGCGGGCCCUUGCCCGCCUGACUGCCCCGCGGCCUCUGCCAACCCGGAAUCUGGCACCUCGCUUCUGCGUCCCGCCCAGCCGCCCCAGGGUUUCCCCUCGCCCACGGAGCGAAUUGAGCCACUGCCCUACCUGAGAGGAACUCACAGUCUAGUGGUAGACCGAGGUCAGCAGAUGUGCCUGGCCCAGUGAGAAGCAACACAGCAGCCCUCUCUGCUCAACAGAAAUGGUCACUGGCACCUUGGGACCACUGUACUUCGGGUGUUCUUUCAGUUACCAGCCAGAGUAUUGUGUACAAUACUUAGCAUUCAUGUCAAACACUGGGCUAAGCCCUCCAUGAGGUGCGUGUGGCCCCCACAGCCUUCAUGUGUGUAAAGCAGCACGUGUGUGAGGUGUAGACACGGCUUUCUUAGGGGCCACAGGACUGGGCAUUUGGGUGGACAUAUUGCUCUAUAAUUGGCCUCCAUCUUUGCCCCUAGGGCUUCUUGGACUAGCCAUGCCUGUGCCCACAGAGGGCACCCCGCCACCUCUGAGUGGCACCCCUAUCCCAGUUCCAGCCUACUUCCGUCAUGCAGAGCCUGGGUUCUCUCUCAAGAGGCCCAGGGGGCUCAGCCAGAGCCUCCCCCCACGGCCCCCUGCCAAGGGCAGCAUCCCUGUCAGCCGUCUCUUCCCUCCUCGGACUUUGGGCUGGCACCAGCCCCAGCCUCGGAGAGUGUCAUUCCAGGACAAGGCCUCAGAGCUCCUGCAGAGCCCUGGGUAUGACCCAAGCAGGCCAGAGUCCUUCUUCCAGCAGAGCUUCCAGAGGCUCAGCCGCCUGGGCCAUGGCUCCUUUGGAGAGGUCUUCAAGGUGCGCUCGAAGGAAGAUGGUCGGCUCUAUGCAGUCAAGUGCUCCAUGUCACCAUUUCGGGGCCCUAAGGACCGGGCCCGCAAACUGGCUGAGGUAUGCAGCCAUGAGAAGGUGGGGCAGCACCCUCACUGCGUGCGACUGGAGCAGGCUUGGGAGGAGGGCGGUAUCCUGUACCUGCAGACAGAGCUGUGCGGGCCCAGCCUUCAACAACACUCUGAGGCCUGGGGCACUAGCCUGCCAGAGGCCCAGGUCUGGGGCUACCUGCGGGACACCCUGCUGGCUCUGGCCCACCUGCAUGGGCAAGGCCUAGUUCACCUUGAUGUCAAGCCAGCCAACAUCUUCUUGGGGCCCCGUGGCCGCUGCAAGCUUGGUGACUUUGGGCUGCUGGUGGAGCUGGGUACACCCGGAGCUGGUGAGGCCCAGGAGGGUGAUCCCCGAUACAUGGCUCCUGAGUUGCUGCAGGGCUCCUACGGGACAGCGGCAGACAUAUUCAGUCUGGGUCUCACCAUCCUUGAAGUAGCCUGCAACAUGGAGCUACCCCAUGGUGGAGAGGGCUGGCAGCAGCUGCGCCAGGGCUUUCUACCCCCUGAGUUUACUGCUGGUCUUUCUACUGAGCUUCGUUCUGUCCUUGUCAUGAUGCUGGAGCCUGAUCCCCAGCUACGAGCUACAGCUGAAGCCUUGCUGGCCCUGCCCAUGCUGAGGCAGCCACGCCCUUGGAGUAUCCUGUGGUACAUGGCUGCUGAGGCCCUGAGUCGAGGCUGGGCCAUGUGGCAGGCCCUACUCACCCUGUUGUGCUGGCUCUGGCAUGGCCUAGCUCACCCUGCUACUUGGCUGCAGCCACCAGCCCCACCAGCCACCCCACCUGGCUCACCACCCUGCAGUCCGCACCUGGACAGCAGCCACUCCAGCAGCUGGGAUGAUGACAGCAUAGGGCCCUCACUCUCCCCAGAGGCCAUCCUGGGCCCAGCCAGUAGGAGUACCUUCACACCCCAGGGCAGGUACACACUAAGGGAUACCCUAGACCUGAGUGACAUGGAUUCAGAGCCUCCUAGAGGUUCUUGCCCUUCCUUUGAGCCUCGGAACCUCCUCAGCCUGUUUGAGGACUCACUAGAUCCAGUCUGAACCACAGGCCCAACUUUGGUGCUUUUAACCUUGGAAUCCCUUUCCUGUCCCUCCCCUGGGAAGGUGGGAUGCCUCUGGGAAUUUCUGUGUCUAAUAAAAAGUAUUUGAAUCUUGGGAGUACCCAA